AUGGAUGUAGAGUCGCUGUUUAACAACGUUCCUGUUGAUGGAACCAUCGAAAUGAUCCUUGAACGUGUUUACAAGGACCCCUCCACCGACGCACUGAAUAUCCGCGAGCAAUUCUUUCGCUCUCUGCUGGAAAUAUGCACCAAGAAGGCCCCGUUCAUUAACCACCAUAGGUACUUACAAUUCGACGGUGUAGCGAUGGGAUCCCCCCUCGGGGUCCUGUUUGCGAACUUUUAUACAGUCAUAGUGGAGGAGCGUGUCUUUAGGAGCAUCAGGAAGCCUUCUUUAUACGUAAGAUAUAUAGAUGGCACCUUCACCCAAGCAGGAACGAUGGAGGAGAUCGAGGAGCUACGACAAGCCCUCCAUACCCACAGCUGUCUACGUUUUACCACUGACCAUAGCCGUCUUCCCUUCCUGGAUGUACUGGUUGAACACAAGGAGGGCGCGUUCGCCAUAAGGGUCCACACGAAGCCUACGAACCUGGGAAUGUGUCUAAACGGCGAGAGUGAAUGCCCUGAGCGUUAUAAAGACACCACCAUCAGCGCCUACGUCAGGAGAGCUCUCUUUCAGGGUUCGACAAUGGGCAGACACCCAUUAGGAGAUGAAACAUGCAGCCCAGGUCCUAGUAAACAACUGACACACCAACCGCAGCAUCCAGAACGUAUUUAG